AUGGAAGUCGACGACGACUCCCUGAAGCCUAUCCCAUGGACAUACAAAUGGAUUGCUCUAGCAUGUGUCAUCGCGUUCCCGAUUGGCUCGAAUUGGACCAAUGCAAGCCUGGGGCCUCUGAAGAACACUUUGAGAAACGAGCUAGGUAUUACAAACGCUCAAUUCGGUGUUAUAUCUAGUGCGGACUCCUUUGUCAACUCAAUAUUCCCUAUUAUCGGCGGAAUGACGCUUGACUGGUGGGGACCAAACCGAAUUACCAUCUGUUGCACUACAGUCAUCUUCGUGGGGGCUUCCGUGGCGGCCGCUGCCGUGCAUCUAGAGACUUGGCGAAUGUUAGCUGCUGGUCAUGUCCUCAUGGGAUUUGGGGUUGCCAUCCUGGAUCAAGCACAGCAAAAGUUCGUAUAUCACUGGUUCGGCGCUAGUGGCCUCGCGUUUGCCUUCGGUCUGGAGAAUGCGAUAUCAAGUACCGUGGGUAUGGUGGCAGGAAUGGUCGCCAUCCCUAUUCGCGACCGUACCGGGUGGUAUGGCUGGACGUUCUGGAUUCCAGCCAUCUUCUGCGGAAUUUCAAUGAUAAUCAACAUCGUUUAUGUUGUCUUCGAACGAGUAUUCAUCCCAAAACAUCUGCGUUUGACUUCUGCGCGAGCAAAAGCCUUGGCCGAGAACCAUAAGCUCAAUGUAAAGCGUAUCUUUUCUUGGAGAUCACUUCUUGGGCUGCCCUGGCAGUAUUUGAUGCUUCCUGGCACUCAGAUUCUUCAAAGCGGAGGCGCAAAUGGGUUUGGUGUCUCCGCAGCUGAUAUCAUUCGCAUGAAAGGAUACAGCGAAGAAACAGCGGGUUUCAUGUCGACAGGACAGCGUGUCUUGAGGAUCGUCGGCAGUCCUAUCAUAGGAUGGCUCAUUGACCGGUACGGCCAUCGCUUCCACUAUGUCGCCCUUGCACCACUGUUCUACAUCAUUGCCAAUUCACUUAUUGGUUUCACCAAUGUCCACCCCCUAGUGGCAUUGGUAUUCCAGUCAAUGGCUGGUCUCAUAAAUGGCAUGCCGCUGAACGUCUGCAUUCCGCUCCUGGUUGCGGAUCAAGACAAGCUGGGAACGGCAUUUGGAAUUUGGAGAGCCUUCAAUAACUCCGGGGGCACCAUUAUGGAAGUCGCUUAUGGUGUCUUACAAGAUGGCACCAAAGACAUGGGCUACGACAAGGUCUUGAAAGUUUCGACUGCUAUCAAAGCGUGGGGAUUUGUCCUCGGCUGUUGUUACAUUGUCCUGGACCACAAGAAGCUUGGUCGAGGGAUGACUCUCACUCGCCAAAAGCGGGAGGAACUGGAAGCCGAGAUCGAGGAUCCCAACAGCCAUCCUCUUACAAAGAGGGAUGUGAAAAAGCCAUGGACGAUUUAUACACUCUCCAUCCUAGUCGCCAUGAUCGCAACUGCCUGGACUUUGUUUCUCAAGUACUUGAUCUAA